AUGCACAAAGAAUCCGGUUCCAUCGUAGUCGAGACGAUCUCCGAUGGCUUCGAUGAGGGCGGGCGGAAGCAAGCAGAAAACAGUUACGUCUACUUGACAAAGUUUGAACAAGUUGGCUCGAAAACCUUGGUCGAGCUUGUUGAAAAACUUCGUGCAUUAGGCUGCCCUGUUGAUUGUAUUGUUUACGAUGCGUUCAUACCUUGGGUCCUUGAUGUAGCCAAAAAAUGUGGACUAGUUGGGGCUGCCUUCUUCACCCAAUCUUGCGCGGUUGACAACAUAUACUACCAUGUGUACCAAGGGCAGUUAAAAUUUCAUGGUCCGGGGACAAAAAUUUCGGUCCCGGGACUACCACCCCUCGAAGUUUCCGACCUGCCGUCUUUUAUUUGUGUUCCUGGAUCAUACCCACCUGUCAUGAAACUGGUUGUGAACCAACUCUCAAACAUUGAUAGAGCAGAUUGGGUCCUAUACAACACCUUUCACAAGUUAGAGGAAGAGGUGGUUGAUUGGAUGGCAAAGCAUUGCCGUUUGAGGACAAUCGGACCAACUAUUCCAUCAAUGUCUUUGGACAGGCGACUUACAGAUGACAAAGAUUAUGGUCUCUCGUUAUUUAAGCCAAACACUGGUGCUUGCAUUGAAUGGCUGAAUGAGAGACAAAAAGGGUCAGUUAUUUACGUGUCAUUUGGGAGUAUGGCAGAGCUUGGAAUUGAGCAAACACAAGAACUGGCAUGGGGUUUGAGGGGGAGCAAUUUCUUCUUCUUGUGGGUGGUCAGAGAAUCGGAGGCGGCUAAGCUUCCGAAACACUUUGUAGAGGAGACAUCUGAGAAGGGGUUGAUGGUGUCAUGGUGCCCUCAGUUGGAAGUUUUGCAGCACCAGGCAAUAGGGUGCUUUGUUACACAUUGUGGGUGGAAUUCGACAUUGGAGGCAUUGAGCUUGGGAGUGCCGAUGGUGGCAAUGCCGAUAUGGACGGACCAAACCACCAAUGCAAAAUAUGUAAAGGAUGUGUGGAAGGUUGGAGUAAGGCCUCUACAUGAUGAGAAGGGAAUAGUCAGAGGACAAGCGAUUGAGCGAUCGAUCCGGGAAGUUAUGGAGAGUGAGAGGGGAGAAGAGAUUAGAAGAAAUGCCACGAAAUGGAAGGAAUUGGCAAGAGAGGCAGUUGAUGUGGGCGGAAGCUCAGACAGAAACAUCGAUGAGUUUGUAGCUAAAUUGAUUCAUACUUGA